CUUCAUGCUGAAUAUUUAAUAAAAUAAUAUGGGUAAUUCUCAUAAAACUUCCAAGAACAUGUCCAGGUCAUAUUUUAUCCUAAAAUCAGAAGUUAUAUUUCAAUGAAAUGCACUGAGCUGAUCUUUAUUUUCUCUCUUUUCUUGAUCCCACAGACGAGUCGCUGACCUCCAAAACCAGCCUGUUUUUCGUGAUCUCCAACGAGGGCAACCAGAAACUAUACGUGUCCCAGGCCAGUCUGUGGAUGUACUUCAAGCUUCUGCCUAACGUUUUGGAGAAAGGCUCCAGGAGGAAGGUCACGGUGAAGGUUUACGCGCAGGAACCGGGAUUCGGGAGCAAGUGGAACUUGGUGGAGAAGCGCGUGGAUCUCAAACGCAGCGGAUGGCACACUUUUCCAUUGACGCACGCCGUGCAAAUGGUUUUCGCCAAAGGUGAUCGCCGGCAGAACCUGGACGUGCGAUGCGAAGUGUGCGAAAAGUUGGGCGUUGUUCCUGUUUUGGUAAACACUGCCGACGAAUCCCACCGUCCUUUCCUUGUGGUCCAAGCGCGAGCGGCCGACAACAAACACCGCAUUCGUAAACGAGGUCUUGAAUGCGAUGGAAGCGGCAGCUUGUGUUGCCGUCAACAGUUUUACAUCGACUUCCGCCUCAUCGGCUGGAACGAUUGGAUCAUCGCCCCGUCAGGAUACUUUGGGAAUUAUUGCGAAGGGAACUGUCCGGCGUACAUGGCCGGGGUUCCCGGAUCGGCUUCGUCUUUCCACACGGCCGUCGUGAACCAAUACCGAAUGCGAGGAAUGAGUCCGGGAUCCAUGAACUCCUGCUGCAUCCCGACCAAACUGAGCCCCAUGUCCAUGCUGUACUUCGACGACGAAUACAACAUCGUGAAACGGGACGUGCCCAACAUGAUCGUCGAGGAGUGCGGCUGCGCUUAAAGA